CUGGCGGAGGGAGGGUUCGGUGUUGACGGCUGGGGUAGCAAGCCGAGCGAUAAGAAAGGAUUUGAAAGAGAUAAGGGAGAAGGUAACGGGUUCGGGAUACCACCUUCCCACAAGAUAGUCUAACAUCUUCGGUUUGCUAUUAUUUGUUUUGUGACAGUUUUGGAGCAAUGUCUACCAGUCGCCAGCUUAGUGAGAGCCGGGCCAUCCCGACCAGGACGGUGCUGAUCAACGACACAACGCAGCUACCUCACGAUUAUUGCACCACCCCUGGAGGCACUUUAUUUUCCACCACUCCGGGAGGGACCCGGAUCAUCUACGAUCGCAAGUUUCUCUUGGACAGACGCAACUCCCCAAUAGCCCAGACCCCACCAGCACACCUCCCCGUCAUCCCAGGAGUGACCAGCCAAAAUGUCCUGAACGAAAACAAGAAGAACGAAGCCAACCACAUCAACAACCAUGACUCCAAGCCAGGUACAGGUGAAGACGCCCAGUUUGAGAUGGACAUCUAACGGAAGGAGUAGCCCAAGAUGAAGAAGUAAGAAGAUUUUUAACCUGGUGCAACGCGUGCCAGUGGCUUGGCUUGUAGAAACCAAUGUUGUCAUGAGCCCUUUCGGCCAUCUUUCGCUCUCUCUUUAGCUGCGUGGGUUCUUUACCAACCAUGGGGGGAAAUGUUGACUUCAGGCAGUCUGCUGUAGGGUGCUGAAGCCCAUGAAAGCUACUGGAGAUGUUGUCUUCAUCUUAUUAGCUUUCCUGGGGUUCUGCAUGGAACCAGCUCCAUUGCCACAAACAAAGGGAAAGGCUGACUAAGGUGACAAUUAAAAGUGCCCAGAAGUAGUACAUUCAAGAAAGAAAAAAUCUGUUAAAUAAUAGCGCUUUUCAUUUCAGGAUUUAUUUUAUCACAACACACUUUGCCUAGUUGCAUUAUGAUUUUGUUGUUGAAAACAUGAUUGAAUUGGUUUUCAAUUAACAUUUUAAUGAAUCCACAUCAAUAGAAGACCAUGCCUAAAACAGUUUCCAUUUCCAUACAUUUUCUUUUGUAGUCUGAUAAAUUUGGGAGAUCGGCAUUAAUCAGCUGUUCUUGGACAAUACUGAUUUACAGGAAAUGUCUUCAGUCAUUCCAAAUCCAUUUUGCCUAUUAUAUGUUGAUUUGGGGUUUGGGGCCUAUGUUAGGAAUAGUCAGAUAUUCACACUUGAUUGUUCCUGAUGGGUAAGAAACCCACUUUAUCCCAUCCUACACAUCUGCAAUUGUAAUUGGUGAUUUUUGCCUUUAUACAAAUAUCUGGGAAUUGUACUAUACUAAGAUAUAACUCUGAACAAUGCUCUUGAGUACCUCAUAAAACUCAAAAAUUAUACAUAGAACAAAAAACAACAGUCAAUACUUUUCUCUUAAAAAUGUUUUUUUUUUUUGACCGAUUGUUUCACGAGCUACCAAGAAUGUGACCAGUCCAUUACAUGUAUGAAUAACAAUUAUUUUUGUUUGACAUACUGUAUUUCAAAAUCAUUUGUGUGAUGCUUUCUUAAGUAUCAUUUCCAAACACACACUGUCAUACAUGUCAAUGAAAGUGACCUUUACAUGAUUGUCUGUUUAAUAAUCUGAAGACAGUUUGAGAGUGGUGGACUGGUUUGUUGUUUUGUAACGAGGCACAUACCAGGUAGAAAUAGUUGGUCUGGAAAUGCACUUAUGCUUAAUUUAUGGCGUUUAAAGACUACCAUACCUUGACACGAAACGAAGUAUUCAGUCAGUAUUCAGUUAGCAAUUUGAAAGCAGUUUGAAGUUGAUUUCAAACAAAUUUUAACAUUAUACUUAAACUUUAAGACCAGGUCAGAGGUAGGAAAGCACUGAAAUGUUGUCAGGUCAUCUAUACUAAUAUAGGAGUUGACUGUCCGUCAAACGGUUAUUAGGUAAAGAAGGGGAGAUCAAACUACUUUCAGUAAACAUCACUUUAAAGUGACCUGACAAGUCAUUGCAACUAAAAUCAUUGAACAUAUUUGUGAAAACUUGAAUUUUUAUUUCCAACUCUCUAUGCAUACUUACAUUGUUAUUACAUCCCGGCAUCUUCAAAUUAUUUCCAACUGAGUGUUCAUUAAAAUGCUUCUAUUAUUAUUCUUUGCCAAUGUUUCAUUUAUGAAGGGAGGCAUAGGAGCUGAAAGCAAAAGAUGACUUUUUUUUGGUGGGGGGAAUAGUAUGCAGCGAUCAAUUCACCACAUUUUCUUUUCUCUUUUUUCGUUUCUGUACCCAUCAUGCCUUACUUUGCUAAACUCAGAGGCUGUGAAUCUCAUCUCCUUAAAUGCUCAUUCAGAUCUCUUCUCCAGAUGUCCUUGUCUCAUUUGGAUCUUUCUUUUUUUGACGGAGGCAAAGACAAUGCUAACUUCAAUUCUCUGAACAGCUUUUUUCCCUCUGUCCUCUCUGUCAUUUUCUAGGGGAGUUGCAGUGUAUGGCUAAAUGAUUUAUUAUUUUUUUUAGUCACUGCGUGAGAGGUGUCAAUUGGGUUUUUGUUUGUUUGAGUGGUUAAAGUUCUAACUCUUGUUGGAAGAAUUCUUGAAAUUAUUUCAGUUAUUGAUCCAUCUGACUAUGGUAUCAGCGAUGAAUUAAGUCAAACCAUGUUCAGAUUGUGUCUUUUGGUCAUCUUGAACAAAGAAAAACGUCCAGCCACACCUGUGUAACUACCCUCCACCCCUCCUUUUUAAACUUCUAAACAUGGGACGCUGCUAAAGCAAAGGGAAAUAAAUAUCCGUUUUUUCUUUUGUUUUGGUAAUUGAUUUAUCAGAUCGCAUACAUAUUUCUUUGAAAACUGCCACUGUUUUCAGUAAAUAAAUUCAGUUGUUUUUUCCAGAUAUUUGUUUGCUGUGUGCCUGUAAUUUCCAAAUGAUAUAAUUUCAUGUCAUAUGUGAGAUUGAAACUUUUGUGUUCCUGUUCAAAGCCCUUACCUUAUUUUUCAAUGAAACGCCAAUGCCAAUGGGCACUGUUACAGCAAGAUCAAUAAAGUCCCUUCAUAAAAACGUA